UAUACACACUUCACUACUUCAGGGACCUCACUCAGAAAUUGGAGAAAGCUUUCUCCUUUCUUCCUCUGUAGAAUUAGGGUAUCCAAAGCUUUCUCCUUUAGAAUUGGGGUUUGCAGAGAAGGAACAAAAAUGGAAGAGACGAUCUCGGAUUUGAAAGAAUCGGAGGUGAACCACAUUGCUCUGGCCGAAGCAUUCGAGAAUUUGCGAGCCCGCUGCAAGCAAAUUGGGGACCAGUUCAUCUCGACCCGGAGCACAAUCUCGACCCGGUUUAAGGAGCUCCAGACCCGCGAGGAGGAAAUCGGGCGCCGGGAGAAGGUUCUGGAAGAGAAAGAGUCCGGCUUUAAGUCGAAGGAGGAGGAGUUGGAUGCGAUUGAGGAGGCCAUUACAGAGAAGCUACUGGAGUUUGAAGAAGGUAAGACCCAAUUGGAAAGACUUAAUUUUUUGAUUGAUGAUAAAGAGAGGAGGGUUUUGGAAAUUGAGGAAUUGAUCAGGGUAAAAGAGAGGGAGUGUGAUUUGAUCGAAAAUCGUAUCGAAAAGGGCACCAAUAUGAUGAUUAGGAUUGAGGAGAGUAUUAAAGAAAUGGAUUUGAAGGUGAAAGGUUUUGACUUGCAUAAGAAAGAAAUGGAGGAUUGGAGCGGUAAGCUUGAAUUGAAAGAGAAGGAACUAGAGGGGUUGUUUGAGAAGCUUAGAUUGAAAGAGGCGUUAUUAGAACCAAAUGUAGUAGAGCUUCAUGUUCUUGCUAACAGCGUCGAAGAGUGCCUCAAUGAAGCUCAAAGGAGGGAGAGGGAAGUUGAAUUGAAAGAGAGACGAGUUGAAUUCAAAGUUAAGGAAGUAGAGUUGGCUGAGAUGAGGGUCAAUGAGUGCCUCAAUGAAGCUCAGAGGAAAGACAGGGAAGUUGAAUUGAAAGAGAGACGAGUUGAAUCAACAGUUAAGGAAGUUGAGUUGGCUGAGAUGAGGGUCAAGGAAUGCCUCAAUGAAGCUCACAGGAAAGAGAAGGAAGUUGAAUCGAAAGAGAGACGAGUUGAAUCGAAAGUUAAGGAACUUGAGUUGACUGAGAUGAGGGUCAAGGAAUGCCUCAAUGAAGCUCACAGGAAAGAGAAGGAAGUUGAAUCGAAAGAGAGACGAGUUGAAUCGAAAGUUAAGGAACUUGAGUUGACUGAGAUGAGGGUCAAGGAACGCCUCAAUAAGGUUGAAUUGAAAGAAGAGCAUUUUUGUUUAAUGGAGAAGUUGAUAGAAGAAAACAAAAGACGUUUGGAUGUACUCAUGAAGACCUCAGAAGAGCGGGAAAAACACUUGGAUUCACUCCAAAAGUCAGUGGAAGAGCGUGAAAGGAAUUUGGAUUUGGUAUCUGAUCAACUUAAAAGGAAAGAGAGGGAACUUCAACAGCAGGCUGAAGCGCUUGAAUUGAACCGGGCGCAAUUUGAUUCUCAAGUGAAGAUUCAGCAGUUGGAAUAUACACCUGGGGCUGAGAAUGCUGCUGUUGCUUCAUCUGUGACCAACAACAUUUCUUCCCUUGUCAAAGCGGACGAACCAGAAUCCUCACUGUCUAAAAAUGCAGCAAGUUUUCUUUCCUCAAAUCUUCCAAAUGCCACCAGUGAUGAAGGAUAUGUCCCAGGGUUUCUAAAUGAGAAUUUAAGUGAGAAUAAUUUCAUAGAUAAUGAAUUGGCUGCUUUUCUUCGGUUGUCACAAGACCCAGCUAAACUCGUGUUAUAUAACAUGCAAAAAUCCCUUGAUCAGUACUUAAGAAAUGGAUAUUUUGAAGAAAGUGUAAUGUCAGGUAACCUUUCCAUAUUGAAGGAGCUAAUGAGUAUUUCACCACAUGUUGGAUCUCAUCUGAAAGUAGAUGCAACAUAUCUAGCAGCCCAGUGGAAAACAAAGAUGAGAGGCAAUACCGAAAAUUCAGUGGAGAGUUUGGCAUUCUUGUUGUUUAUAACUCUGUAUGGACUGGUUUCUAUGUUGAAUGUAGAUGAGAUAGUAAAGCUUCUUGGGUUGAUUUCUCAGAAUAAAAGGGCUCUAGAAUUAUGUCAGACACAUGCUUUUGCAGUUAAGAUCGCUGAUCUUAUUCGCAGUCUUAUUGAAAGGAAGCAGCUGCCUGUGGCUGUUAGAUAUAUUUGCAUGCUCAAGUUAACUGCCAUGCUCCCCCUAGUACCACUUCUAGAAGAGUAUGUGCAGGAUGCAAUGGAAAGUUUCAAAGAAAUUUGUAGGUUUAGGAUUACUCCUGAUGAAAAGGUCAAGGUUUUAAAAAAACAAAUAGCUGAUGCAAGAGCUUUGGUUCAAUGCCUCAAAGAUUACAACCUUGGAUCUGAACACCCGUCCAAUGCCAUUGAAAUACAAAUAGUUCAGCUGGAAACACUGGCGGAGAAUUGGAGACUUUUGGUGCUGCCUCUUUGUCCCAGUAUCGUUGAUCAACACAAGGAUAGAAAAAGAAAGAAGCAUAAUACUAGCACUUCUGACCCUGAGUUCCAACCACAACAGCACCGUAAAAUAAAGAUCAGCUAUAGUCGUACUGGAUCCACACGGACGGUAAUUAUGGAGGACCAGAGUGUCUCGUAACUCUCUAGAUAAUUCUUAUGCAGAGUACUGGCUAUAGUUUAGCAUUACCCCUACUUGUACUGAUGGCAUGACUUAUGUGGAAUUGCUGCCCUUUUGGAGAACCUUGUAUAUUUUGACCGACAUUCUUGUCGAAAGCUAGGAAUCGUAGAAAUAGACGGAGGACACAUGGUAACUGUUAGUUGGCGCGGUCAGCUUGUGUAUGAUUCCAGGUUAGGAUGUUUAUGUUAACUUGAGCUAGUGUAGCGCUCCAAGGACCUGCAGUCCAUGUACCUUUCUUUGUUAUCUUUUAAUUAUUUUGG